CUAAAUGCACAGCAGCAUCAGUGGGUCUGCUUGUGGGUGUAGUUGUUGAAGUAGCUGUAGUAUUUGCUCCAGACCAUCAGGAGGCGGAGGCGCAUCAGCGCUCUCUCUCUGAGCCUGAGAGACCGCGUCGCAGAGCCAUCCGCGGAUGUAUUUAAGUAGGCUGAGGUUACCAAGCAGUGAAAUCCAAUCCACGCUUACCUGUAACAGACAGUCAGGGAGACAUUACGCCAACUUCAAGACUUGAUCCGUUAGGUUUGUUUGUUCUUACAUAUAAUUCCUUUGGUCGAAACAAGCGAUGUCAGGCGGCUGCGGGCGGAAUCCUCCUCCUUUCCCUGAUAAUGAAGAUCAGGAGGCAGAAUUAGACACUCAAGUGCUGGACAGCGACGAGGAUGAUGAUGAUGAAGGCGAGGACAUAUUCACCGGCGCGAGGAGUAAACCGAUCACACCCACCUCAGCUCCUGAUGAAGGCGAUAUCUUCAGUGAGGAGGGCUCGUACGUCAGGAGCGAUGUCCAUCACACCACUAAUGGCCUUCACUCUGAUGAAGAGCUGGAUCUGUUCACUGAGGCCACUGUAGAGCUGACACUCACUAACACCACCAGUCAAGGCAGGAGAGAGAUUAUUGGCCCGACCGCAUCGGCUUGCAACACCACACAUGUCCCUAAUUCCAUACUCAAACCCAGCAUUGUCACCAAAACCAUGGAGGAGUUGGAGGAGGAAGAGAGUGGAGACCAGUUUGAACUGAACAUUGCAGUCACUAAUCCAGAGAAAAUUGGAGAUGGCAUGAAUGCCUACAUGUCUUACAAAGUGUCGACACAGACUACACUGCCCAUGUUCCUUAAUAAGAUGUUCUCCGUACGUCGACGUUUCAGUGAUUUUCUGGGACUUUAUGAGACGAUAUCGGCCAAACACUCUCUGCUGGGCUGCAUCAUUCCACCUCCACCUCAGAAGAGUGUAGUUGGGAUGACUAAAGUGAAGGUAGGGAAGGAGGAUUCAUCCUCAGCGGAGUUUGUGGAAAAGAGACGAGCAGCACUGGAGAGGUAUCUACAGAGAGUAGUGGCUCAUCCAUCUCUGUUGCAGGACCCGGAUGUUCGAGAGUUUUUAGAGAGAGAUGAGUUGCCCAGGGCAGUGAAUACUCAGGCUUUGAGUGGACCUGGCCUCCUAAAGAUGAUAAACAGAGCGUCGGAUGCAGUGAAUAAGAUGACCAUUAAAAUGAAUGAAUCAGAUAAUUGGUUUGAGAGUAAGCUGCAGGAAGUGGAGAAUGAGGAGCAGCUGCUGAGGAGGCUCCAUGCUGCUGUCGACUCAUUAGUAAACCACAGGAAAGAGUUGUGUAGUAACACAGUGGUGUUUAGUAAGAGUGUGGCCAUGCUGGGCAGUGUGGAGGAGAACUCUGCGUUAUCUCGUGCACUGUCACAGCUGGCGGAAGUGGAGGAUAAGAUGGAGCAGCUGCAUCAGCAACAGGCCUUCAGCGAUUUCUUCAUCCUCGCUGAGCUCCUGGCCGACUACGUCAGACUGCUGGGGGCCGUGAGGUACUGUUUUGAGCAGAGGAUGAAAGUGUGGCAGCGUUUGCAGGAGGCUCAGAGCACAUUGCAGAAGAAACGAGAGGCUGAGGCCAAACUGCUUUGGGCGAACAAACCCGAGAAGCUGCAGCAGGCUAAAGAUGACAUAAAUGAGUGGGAGUCUAAAGUCAGUCAGUAUGAGAGAGAUUUCGAAAGAGUCACCUGUACUGUGCGCAAAGAAGUGCUCAGAUUUGAGAAAGAGAAAGCCAGAGAUUUCAAACAGCACAUAGUGAAAUACCUGGAGUCCCUGCUUCACACACAGCACAGGCUGGUGAAGUGUUGGGAGGCCUUCCUGCCUGAGGCCAAAGCCAUCGCUUGAUCAGAGCCUUACCUCACACGCUCCUAACCUUUGACCUUGACAACAGACAAUCAACAGUUAUCUCUUCCUAUUUCCUUUGCUCUCUGUGUGUGAAAUAACAUGUACAUCUUAAUACUCGUUCAUCGAUAAGCAGAUCCCCAGAUUGUGAUGGUGAACCUGUGCAGUGACACAACUGAAUGUUGAGUGUAAAGGUUAAAGGUCAGAGCGGCAUUAAAAAAGAACAGCUGUGUGUGGGGUGCAGCAAGAAUAUUUUUUUAUGUGUGCACGUAUGUGUGUGUGUGUUCAGUGUUAUCCUUAAGGUUUUUAAUGGUGCUUGGCCUGUGUAAUGUUUCAGUAGACAUUAAAGAUUGUUGAGUGUCAUUCUCUGUGUCAUGCAUUUAUGAUCAGAUUUGCUCCUCAAUUCCAUGAAUUUGAUUCUAUGUCAAAAGUAAAGAACAUUGGGAUUUAGCAUUGGGAAAAAGCAUGUGUAUGAACUUCUUGUGCUAAUAUACCAGUAAUUAAACUCGAUUAAGAACAUGUAAAGAUAAAUAGGCACAUUAUGCAUUUAUAUUCACAAAUGAGCAAUAUUUUAACUGCUUUGUGAUGAUUAUGUCACUGCAAUUAGGGAAUUAUAUAUUAAUAUAGCCAUGAAGUGAUAUUAGUGUGCAUUCUGUCAGUGUAGUUGAUGUACUACUUCACAUUGCGCAUGAACUGUGAUUUAUUAAGUUAUGCAUUUAGGGACAUUUUUGUGCAUACAGACAAUUUAUAAAUUGUUCAUAUGAACAUUUCAGAAACUUUCGUAUAUUCACACAUCACUAGAUCAUUCUACGCAUGUCUAUAAAUGGGGCCCCAGGACCUUAAAUGAUAUGGAUAUUGAGGGGACACCCCCAUAUUCAAAGCAAAGGUCCAUUAAUGGUUUUUUAAAGCCAGAUUUACACCAAUAAUGAAUUUUGGGUUAUAUGUUCUUGGUAAAAACAUGUUGGUUUGAAGCUCUUU